UAGUCGUGCAUAUAUGCUAUGAUUGUGGCCUUGCAACCAUGGAUUGCGAGGCCAUUUUGGUCUCCCCAAUGUUCCUUGCUGCACUAGAUGCCCUUGAGAACCUUCCGACAGAUUUUAUUGAUCCUUUAGAUAUAUCCCAGCACCAGGACAUUGUAGACUCUUUCUCCCGACUCGAUUUUCUUGCGAAAGGAACGAAACAGCCAAAAUUAUUUCAACUCAAGUGCCUCAUAUCAUUGCUCGCAUCAAGACAUGUUGUUGUCAGAGCUGCAACAGGUGCUGGCAAGACACUGGCAAUGAUCCUUCCCUUGCUGCUCUCUCCCGACAAGAUAGCAAUCACCGUCACACCAUUGAAGCUUUUGCAAAAAGAUCAUGUCAACGAGUUUGUCCAGUAUGGGAUUCCCUCCAUCGCAAUCAACCAUGAUACCCCACAUGACAAGACACUAUGGAAUCAUAUAGCUGCUGGCCACUAUAAGAACUUGCUUGUUGCUCCGGAACAAUUUUUCCUGGAAGGUGGUCACAUUCCCCGCCUUGCUUUGCAGCUAAAAGAUCCUACAUUCUCCAAGUGCAUCGGUUUCUUCUUCGUCGACAAAGCACAUUUUAUUGUUACUGCUGGAGAAGCUCAGAUAGGCAAAAAACUUCCCUUCCACCCUGCAUAUAGAAAACUCACAGAAGUAUUGAUCCAGCUUCCAGUGGAUGUGCCUGUUGCACUAUUUUCUGCGACUCUCCCUCCGCAGACACUGGAAAAGGUUUUAAAAUCUCUCAAUCUUCUGCACGACAAGAUGGAUAUCAUCAAACUGUCUACCAAUCGCCCAAAUAUCAUGCAUGCAGUAAUACCCAUGCUCGACUCCAUCAAAAACUUCAGUAACUUAGAUUUUCUCAUUCCUGUUCCAUUCCAUCCCCUGAUGUCUUAUCCUCCAAAAUGCCUGAUAUUUAUCGACCACAAACUUAGCACUGCAGGUGUCGCACAAUACCUGAACGGUCAUCUUCCUGAAGCUGUCCGUUGUAUUUUCAAGUUCAAGCAUCUGCAUUUGAGCAUGUCACAAGAACAUAAUGAAAUGGUAUUUGACGACUUUCAAAAGCCCAAUGGCAAAUAUACUCUAAUAAUGGCUAAUGUGUUUGGUGUUACUGUCAACCUUCUCGAACAUGAGCAGUGGGCAGGACAAGGUGGGCAAGAUAAGCUCCAAUGUCUCGUCCUGAUGAUUGCGGAGAAAUGGGCAUAUAAUACACCAAAAAAACCUCAAAGAGUUCUAUGUUCAACUUCAUCAAUCUAUCAAUGUGUCGCCGAUAUUUUUUGGCUCAACACAAUAACUGACACUUCGCCUGAAGCUGUUCAAUAUGAAGGUGUAUCUUGCUGUGAUCAACACCUCGAUGAAUCCUUGAAUAUCAACCAUUUCAUCCCUGGCCAAAAUCUACAGUCAGUCAUCGCACAGCCCACCGAUCAUGAGCCAGGCAUAAACAUCGUCUUGGAUGCGCAAGUUCCACCAAAGAAGACUUGCAAGAAAUAUCGACCAAUGAAACAAUGCUCAGCCUUGGAAGAACUGCUCAAAGUCUGGUGUCAUACAGUCAUCUUUAAUGACACUGCUCUUCAAGGUUGGCCUGCCGAGUGGAUCCUUUCUGGUCAAUAUAUUGUCAAGCUUGCACAAGAGGAAGACAGUUUUUUUAAAUUGGCCUCUGAUAUCAUCACAUUUUUGCAGGAGAGCAAGGAGUGGAGUGUGUUUUUCAGCAAUGGAGUAUAUGGUGUCAUCGAUUUGUACAACAAGUCUCUCCCAAGGAAAGCACAACAUAUCAUGCGGAAGCCUCCUGCCAAUCCAACGGCUGCUGACAGAGACCUCGAAUCUGAGGAUGAUAACCCAGGACAACAGACUCCUCGUGCUCUUCCUGCUGAUUCCAUUCCACUUCUCUUGGACUUUACAGCAGAUGUAUAUGACACAGAUGCAACACUCAUCAACCCAUAUAGCUCUGCAUCUUCGCCACCUUCCAGCCAUUGUUCGACACCUGAUUUAGACCUCUCGCUGUCUCUCACAACAUGCCGCUCACGUCCUGCAUCAUUCACACAAAUACAUGCCUCGCCAAAUUCAUGA